AUGCUAGGAUCAUCUCUAUCCACAACUAAGCUUCCCUUUUUCAGAGACCUUAACCAGCUGCCAUGUCCCCUCCCUACGACCGAGGACAUCGAAGCGGGAACUAUUCUGCCGACGAAAAGUGAACGCAUUUCUGGAGACCAUGGACAUGUUGCCGUCGUUGGAGACCAUUUCGUUGUUAAAUAUGGUCAGUUCAUCCUGGAGAACGAAGGCCAUGCGCUACUCCUCCUGGAGAAGUAUCCAUCAAUCCCCGUGCCACGGCUGUACGCUAUGUAUCGCAAGGACGACAUUCUCUACCUCGUGAUGCAAUUACUUCCCGGGGCGGAUCUUUCCAAGCUUUGGGGUGAGCUAUCGUGCAAUGAGAAGGCGUCUAUAUGUGAUCAGCUGAAAGAGGCCUUCGCCCAAAUACGUACCAUCCCCUCGCCGGGCUAUUUCGGGAGCGUGACCGGAGGGCCUGUUCAGCAUCGAUUCUUUGGUUGGGUGGACUCGGAUCCACGCAUCAUGGGACCUUUCGAAACAUUAGAGGACUUUCAUCUGGACAUGGCCCUCGUUUCACAAAGGCAAGAGAAGCGCAAAGAUAGACAUCCAUGGGGUGCAGAGUGGUUUGCACGGCACCUUCCACAAGCACUAAAAGACCAUCUAACUACCUUUACACACUGUGACUUGGUCAAGCAAAACAUCAUGGUCCAAGAGCUUCCGCAAACCGAUCGCCACACAGAUAGAAAAUUCAAGGUAACGGGUAUCAUAGAUUGGGAGUUGCCUGGAUGGUAUCCUCGGUACUGGGAGUAUGCUGCGUUCUUCGCGGAUUUCCUCUGGGAAGGGGAAAGGGGAAAGAUGUUCGAAACAUUCAUUGAUCCUUGGCCUCUCGAAGCUGCUCUUUUGGGACUGUUCAAGCAUGAUUUGGAGGGGUACUAG